AUGUCGUUCACCUUCGGCAGUGGAGGCUCCAGCGGAGGUUCCAACAAUAAUCUUUUCGGCUCAGCUGGCAAAACUUUCGGUUCCAACAAUCAGACUAGCUCCAACACCGGAUCAGGUGGUUCUGGUCUUUUCGGAAAUGUAGGAGCCUCUGCCACCAGUGGGAGCGCUUCCCCUUCGCUCUUUGGUACAGCCUCUUCGGGUGCGCAGAGUCCCUCAGUCUUUGGAAGUGCGGGCGCUACUACUGCUGGGACUCCUGGAGCAUCUUCGGGCUUCUCUUUCGGCUCGAACCAGAAUACUGGCUCGACAACUCCCGCACAACCAGCCAGCAGUGGCAUGUUUGGCAGUGGUGGAGCUGCAAAGCCCUCUGGUAGCUUCUUCGGUGGUGGUGCCUCGUCAGCUACUCCAGCCCCUGCUAGCACUCCUUUGUUCGGAAACACCUCAACUACCCCCGCUGGUCCCCCGCCGGGAGCUAAAGCACCUUCGCUCUUUGGAGGACUGAAUGCCGGCACUUCUACUACUCCGUCGUCUACCGCCGCUCUCUCCUCUACCACACCGACUACCUCGCAACCACAACCAUCCGGCAACCUCUUCGGGGCCGGUGCUACUCCUGCCAACUCAAAGCCUCUGGGCUUCGCCCCAGCUCCGCCGUCUGGUGGUGGUAACCUGUUUGGCAAUGUCAACAAGCCGGCCGAGUCCAGCACUCCGGUUGCCAGCGCAGCGCCAGCUCCCAAGCCACUAUUUGGGGCCGCAACAACCACUACCGGCGGCGACACAACCCCGAAGCCUACGUUCUCUCUAGGCGCGAAACCCGCUGCUAGUGCUGAAGCUCCCAAGUCUGCGUUCUCCCUUGGUGCAACUCCCUCUGCCAGCGGCGAUGCAGCUCCCAAACCUACCUUCGCUCUUGGCUCAACCUCUGCUGCUAGUGGUGAAGCACCUAAGUCCGCAUUCUCCCUCGGUGGAACUCCCUCUGCGGCCCCGUCCACUACAGCUGCAUCCACUGCUACUCCACAAAAGGCCUUCUUCCCCAGUCUUGGAGGAGCCACAUCCUCGACCACUCCGUCAUCUACAGCAGCUGUACCUGCCGGAGGCUCACUGUUCCCUACAUUGGGAGGUGCUAAAUCUACGGCUGCUGCCACUUCCGGGACUCCGGCUUCUACUACAGCUGCCGCUACCACCACGCCUGCGGCUGCAUCCAGCAUGUUCCCUAAGCUUGGAGGUGAUAAGCCUUCCACCCAACCCGCCGCUGCCACUGCGUCGACGGCGACGCCGGCCCUGGGUACAACUGCUAGUGCGACAACUGGCACGACCGCGACUGCUCUCGGCCAGUCGACCACUGGCCCUGCGCCCCCGGCACAGUCUCGUCUGAAGAACAAGACCAUGGAUGAAAUCAUCACUCGGUGGGCGACGGAUCUCACCAAGUACCAGAAGGACUUCCGUGAACAGGCUGAGAAGGUCGCUGACUGGGACCGUAUGUUGGUGGAGAAUGGCACCAAGGUUCAGAAGCUGUAUGGCAACACAGUCGAUGCUGAGCGCGCCACCCAGGAGGUUGAGCGUCAAUUGGCAUCAGUUGAGGGCCAGCAAGAAGAGUUGAGCUCAUGGCUUGAUCGAUAUGAACGCGAAGUGGAUGAGAUGGUUUCAAAGCAGGUGACCCCUGGCGAGCAGGGUCCUGAUCAAGAGCGGGAGAAAACAUACAAACUCGCUGAGAAGCUCUCCGAACGACUGGAUGAGAUGGGCAAGGAUCUCACCAGCAUGAUCGAGGAAGUCAACGGUGCCUCCGCAACUAUCAGCAAGACAAACCGGGCCGACGAACCAAUCUCUCAAAUCGUCCGCAUCCUCAAUUCGCAUCUGUCCCAGUUGCAGGUUAUCGACCAGGGAACCUCGGAGCUGCAGGCUAAGGUUGCCGUUGCCCAAAAGGCAGGACAGUCAAUCUCCUCGCGCCUUGGCUAUGGCUAUGCCAGCCCUGGUAUGGGUGGAGGCAAUGCUGCUGAUGAUUUCUACCGAUCUUACAUGGGUAGGCGGUAG